UAUGCUUUAUUCGCAAUUGCUCCGCAAAUCUUCCCCAUGCAUCUCAAAAUUUAUGCAGUAUUUUAUUUGAUGUUCCAUUUCAUCAGUACCGAAAUGCAAUGUCGUUGUUACAUUGUCACUCAUACGUGUAUGUUCAUAUAUUCAGUCGUUGCAAAUUCCAAUUAAUUCGUGAAUUCUGCGUUAAAUUCUCACUUUGUGGUGCCUCUCGACAAUCCCUCUACUUUCAGGUCAUUAAACCCAGAUAAAUAGCUACUAUUUUUCGAAAACCAAGCAUAUAUUUUUGUGUGCGAACACUGAGAAUUGUGUGCCUAAAAUCGAGUGAUAUCUGUUAUGAAAAGCUUUGUUCUCAUCACCAUCGACAAUUGACUAAAAUUUAGCACUGCGACUACUUUACUAGCAAUAAACACCUGAAAAUGAACGGCCUAAGCAGCAACGAUGACGCAGUUGAGUGUCCUUUGUGUAUGGAGCCGCUGGAAGUGGAUGAUUUGACUUUCUUUCCAUGUACCUGCGGCUACCAGAUCUGCAGGUUCUGUUGGCAUAGGAUUCGUACGGACGAGAACAAGUUGUGUCCAGCAUGCCGAAAGGAGUAUCCCGAAAACCCUGCGGACUUCAAGCCGUUAACGCAAGAAGAGAUGAUUGCGUUCAAGUCGCAAAAACGGCAAAGGGACCAACAACGAAAGCAAAAAAUCACAGAGAACCGAAAACACCUGGCCAAUGUUCGUGUGGUUCAAAAGAACCUGGUGUUUGUUGUUGGGCUACCACCUAGACUUGCUGAUGCAGACAUUUUAAAGAAACACGAGUAUUUUGGUAAAUAUGGGAAAAUUCAUAAAGUCGUUAUAAAUCCAAGUACCACGUAUGCCGGGGUCCAGGUAAGAGUUGGUCCAUCAGCUUCAGCCUACGUCACAUACGUUCACAACUCGGAUGCUUUGCGGGCCAUUCAAAGCGUCAACAACAUAAUGAUAGAUGGGCGGCUCAUAAAGACUAGUUUGGGAACAACGAAGUAUUGCAGCCAUUUCAUGAAAAACCAGCAGUGUCCCAAGGGCGACUGCAUGUACUUACAUGAAUUAGGAGAUCCUGAGGCUAGUUUCACAAAGGAGGAAAUGCAUCAGGGAAAACACCAGGAGUACGAAAAGCGCCUGCACGAUACUCUAAUUGCCUCGUUCGGACCGAAUACAACAGGUAUUAUUAAUGGUAAUGGAGUUUCUAAAGCAAAUGCUGCGAUAGCAUCGUCAUCGUCGGCGUCGUCAUCAUCAUCUGGUUCUGGUUCGGCUGCGAAUGCCAGUUCGUCAGGGAAUUCCCAGCAAAAAGAGGCCUGGCCAAGUUUAUCAGUCUCCCCCAUCAACGGCAGGGAAGCAGCAGCAUCUAAUUCAAAUAAUUCCAGUGGAAAGAACAAAAGAGAUAAGCUGCGCAACGAAAAGAGACACGAAAAGAACAAAUCGAAGAAUAAAAACAGCGCCAACUCAAACACCAAUGCAUCGAACAAGGAGAACUAUGUUCCCGAGACUCGAGCCGGCACUAGCAUAGAAACUUUUGCUGAGGCGACGGCGGAUCCACCGGCGGCUCCCGUUAAAACAGAAACACACAAUUCCAACAAUCGUUCGAGAGCGGAACGGGGGGCCAAAGACAGGGGCUCCAACCAGAAAAGGGAAGAGCAGAAGAAGAACAAGGAGAAUGCUCCAACACCAGCACCCACAGUAAGCAAGUCAUUGGAACAGGACGAGGCGAGCGAGAGUACAAUAACAACACAAAAGAAAAAAGAAACAAUCGAUAGCUGUGAGGAUAGUUUACCACAAAAGAGAUUAGCUGCCACCAGCGUUCAAAGAUCUGUGAGCUCUUGCAGUGACAAUAGCGAGGGUCAUGUGUCUGAGAGUAGUGUUAGUGAAAAGAGUUUGCCUGGUGACGAUUAUCAGGAGGAGAAGUGCAAUAGCUCGAUCUCUGAGAGCCCCCAAGAGAUUGUGAAGCCUCCGGAAGGCGAGGAUAAGACUAAUGAAGAAGUAACAGAGGCUGAACAGGACCUUUCUGGACAGAAGUCUGAAGUAAGCGAGAGUACUAGCCCCACUGCUGUAGCCGCAAAUGGUAUCCAAGAUACUGUUUGUCCAGCGGAAGAGCAGCCAGCCGAAACGUCGAAUUUGUCGGAGAACGGAACCAGAGUAUCUGAUGCCCUGUCCAAGCUCAACAUUUUUGAUGAUCCGCCUAGUUUCUUUACAUCGUCAUCAUUCCAGCAAGUCCCGCUUAUAAAGAAUAAACUAGAUUUGGAAAUGCGGCAGUCGCACUUACCAGACUUGGUCAAUGAUAUUGAUGGUAUACAGAAGGCAUCCAACACAAAUGAAUGGGAGGAAGCUUUCAAAAAUGUGAUGAUACGCAACACUAGGCACGUGGAGGAGCAACUGCUUCAGCAACAACACUUACAACAGCAGCAGCAACAUCACCAUCAGCAAGUAUUGCAUCAACAAGAAGAGUAUCUUCGCAUGCACGAAUUACAGAAACGUAACAACUUUGCGAAUAUUUCACAAAUGAAUGGUCCUACAAAUGAUUUCCUUAGCCACUUUCAAGCAAAUCCCCUUGAACUAAAUAGAGUGCAAGCACAUGCUCUUCUGCAGCAGCAACUUCUACAACAGCAGCCUGGCGAAAAUGUGUUCGGCGGUAAUAUGUCAAAGUUCUUCGAUUUUCAUAAAAGUCAACAGCAGUCGCACCAUCCGUAUCUUAAUGGGCACACACCACAACUGAAUGGGAAUGGUGCUGUGCCUGAUCCACAGAGAGUGGCAAACUUUAUGGAAAACAAUCGACUGAAUUCGCCUUUUGUUGAAAAUGGACUUAUUAACGCGCAACAGCAGCCUCAGAAACAAAGGCUGAUGGGAAUGUUCGAAAAUAUGCCCCCUAAUACACAAUCUCAGCAGAGUCGGUUUCCCCAAACAUCAAUCGUUGAUGAUGAUUUAGGCUUCGAUCCAUUUAUUGAGACACAAAAGGGCCUAGCAGAACUUAUGGAAAAUGAAGUUGUACAAAAGCAGAGUAUUAAUAGUGAAAACGCAGUGCCGAAGAUGCCGCCACAGCCACAGGUUCCCCCGCAUCAGCAGAUGGUUGAAAGCAUGCAGAGAUCUCGCAUGCCACCGCCGCCUGGCUUCAACCAUGUGAACACAUUAGGCUUGGGGGGAUCGUCGAGACUGCAGCACACAAGUAAAAUGAUGCCCUUCAUGAACAUGCCGCUUAAUGGAGUCGCCAACAAUGGUGGCCCAGGACAACAUCAAAUGCCGAUGGGUGCCAAUUGGAAUGCUCAUUUGCCAAUGCACCAAAACCAGGGACAACCCGUGGGCGACUCACAGUUGCAACACCAAAUGGCUCACAACAAAAUUUACAACAACAGUGACUGGACUGCAAUGGAUCCGGCUAUACUUUCAUUUCGACAGUUUUCAUCGUUUCCACAAAACCAAAUUCCCCCACAUCCUCAACAACAGCAGGAUAUGUUUAUGCAGCAUUUGGCUCAACAGCAAAAUUCCCAGAGUGGUUUCAACAAUCAACCACAGCAACUCCUUCCUAUGGCGAUGCCCAAUAAUUUGCUGAACGGACAACAAUCGCAACCGCCGCAGGUUAAUGCCAAUGUUCAGGGCAUGCUUGAGUUUUUAAAAAGCCGUCAAUUCGUUUAGCUACAAUACAUAUAAAUAUUACAUUUGUUUACCUGUACUCUUUAUUAAAUAUUUCUUAAAGUAAAUAUAGGCAAAAUAAAAUUCGAAUAUAAUGAAAUUA